AUGAUUACUGAAACAUCCGAAGCUGAUUGCGCUGUUCUCAUCAUUGAUUACACAACUGGUGGUUUUGAAGCUGGUAUUUCCAAGGAUGGUCAGACCCGUGAACAUGCCUUUCCUUGCUUUCACCCUUGGGGAAGUAACAAUAUUGAAAUCAAGAUCACCCUGAAGAGUUCUGACGGUGAGAGCUUUGAGGUUGACGAGGCGGUGGCGUUGGAGUUGCAAACAAUCAAGCAUAUGAUUGUGGAAAAUUGUGCUGACGAAGGAAUCCCUCUUCCAAACGUGACAAGCAGGAUCUUGACAAAGGUUAUUGAGUAUUGCAAGAAGCAUGUUGAGGUUGCGCGUUGGGAAGAAGAAAAAUCUUGUAGUAAUGAGAAUGAUCUUAAGGCUUGGGACGCUGAUUUCGUCAAAGUUGAUAAUGAUACGCUUUGCAAACUCCUUGCGGCUGCAUACGAUUUAAACAUCAAGAGUCUGCUAGAUCUUACACAUCAUACUAUAUCGGACAUAAUGAAUGGUAAGACACCGGACGAGAUUCGUAAGUUAUUCAACAUUAAGAAUGAUUUCACUCCGGAGGAAGAGGAAGAAAUUCGUCUUGAAAACCAAUGGGCAUUUGAAUGA